AGCGAAUGGCUCAACGCUCGCUCCUUCCAAAUUCAACCGAGUAGGAAGAAACACACGGACUUCUUAUCGUCUUUAAAAAUGUUUGAGUUUGAGCCAACUGCAGGUCCAUCAUCCUCUGCAAUAAUAUUACCAUCGUCGUCGUCGUCGUCGGAGGAGGAGGAGGAGGAUGAAGAAUCACCAUCGGGCGACGAAGGUACUACUGGCACCGAGAUUUCUCAGCAGAAUUGCUCGGUCAAAUUCAAAGCCCAAUUCCAACUGCGCAUAGACCAGCGCGUGUUACCCGAUCACAAGGAUAGUCUCUGCAAGAUCGCUGCCAUUGCUGCGGGGUGUCACGUCGAGUUCAAGGCGAACACCAAAUGGGAGGAUUUCAGUACGCUGCUCGCGUUCGAGAUAUACUCGGCGAUCAAGGACGAGAGCUACAAACCCAGAGAUACGAAGAUGGUUCAGAUCAACAAGAGGGCGAACAACGUUACCCUCGCGGGUCCGCAAAAAAUAAUCUAUCAGGACGUAAAAGCACUGGUCCUGGUGACAAUUGAGAGUGUAAAAUAUCAAGUCUACUACAGAGUUCAUUUGGGCUUUUACCCGUCUGGAGUCAGGAACACGGACAAGGAAGACGAAGAUAUUCCAGAGGAAGAGCAAAUACUCACUCCACCGCUUCACUUUUUCCAAAUUCUAUGGGGUAUGGAUGAAAAGCGCUCGCAAUACACGAACGUGUUCACCAUCGACAUCCAAGCAAUGGUUGACAUGAUCUCAAGAAUUUGUCAACCAGUUAUGACCAACGAAAUUGCCCCUGCGGAUCUGAAAAAAGUAAGGGUCAAGUUAUGCGUGACCGCAAAAUUAAUGUCUGACCACAUCAUCAUGGGUUUGGAUAAAGAUCUCGUGGCUCAAAAAGUCGCUAUCAUUGCCGCGAUCAAUCUCGAGAACAAGGUUCAAUCCCAAUGGAAGGAUUUCAGUUACCACAGCGCCUGGGAGCUGUUCCUGAAGCUGAGAUAUCUGAGUUUCGAGCCAAAGAUGCCUUGUCACGUCCAGCUUUACUUCGAGGCGGACAACGUGAACGAGGAAGGACUGCAGAGGAGCGUCGCUUCCCACAUACACCAGACAUUCACAAUAACGACCGAAACAUUCAAGUCGUACGAAAUCUCUUACAGGAUCAAGUACGGAUACUACCCCAAUGCGAUGCCGCAAGAAGAAAGAGCAGAAGACAUUCCUUUGGAGAGGGGAGUAGCUCUCAACCGAGUGUACGAUCCUCCGUUUCAAUUUGAUGCUCUUGUUAAGGCAAUCGAACGCGAGAAGUGGAACUACACCAGUGGUUACAAUAUCAAUAUCAAAAAGUUGGCCAAGGUGGUCAAUGAAAAAUGUCUUUGUACCAUAACGUACUGAAGACAGCUACAAUUGAUGUACCAUUCAAUUUAAAAUCAGCUCCUUCCGAAACAAUUCUCAGUCGAAGAGACCUAACUCGUUAAGUUUUCCACAUCCAAAGUCUUCUAUGCAAAAGAUUAAAAACCAACACUUAAGAUGUAAAAAAGUUGUAAUAUGCAAAAGAUGAAUGACUUAAGAUUCAUUUUCUUGAACAUUUGACACUUUUUUACAAGGCAAUAAUAACGACUAAUCAAUGUUUUUAAUAUGUAACCGUACAUUUGAUAAUGUACUUUUUAUAUGUCAAAAGAUAUAAAACUAUUUGUUAUUUUUAAAAUUCAGACCAUUGAUCCAGGAGCCAGUAUUUUAAUGUUGAAUCUCUGUACUCAAUCACUAAAUUAU